AUGAAAAAAUAAUAAGUUUAAGCAAAAUCAAAAGCAAAGACUGCUGAAAAAUAGAAUAAGUUGAAUUAGAAUUCAAAUGAUAGAUAUUAUCCAGAUUUAUUAAUAGAUGAAGAUGCUUAUCUUCGUAACAAUUACAAAGUAGUUAGAGAAUUAGGAAGAGGAGGAUAUGGUGUUGUUUAUAAAGGGUAUUUUUUAUUAUUAUUUAGAUAUGCAUAUCAUAAUGGAUAGGAAGAUAAGACAAAAAAAUAUGCAAUCAAAGUGAAUUUUUCAACGGUGUCUCCAGAAUUGAUAUUUGCUGAAAUUGGAUUCCUGAAAUUAGUGUAAGGAAAGGAGAACUUACCUUAAUUAGUGAAUUUGUUCCUAACAAAUUAGAAAAUAUAUAUAGUAACAGAAUAUUUUAGUUUUGAUCCAUUUAUUACAUUUUUUUCUACUUUCAACAUGUAAUAAAUAAAAGAUUAUUUACGAGAAUUAUUAAAAGCUUUAUUAGUUUUAAAAUAGAAUGGAAUAUAUCAUAGAGAUGUAAAACCAGGUAAUUUUCUAUACAAUCCAAAAUUAAAGAAAGGAAUUCUGAUAGAUUAUGGAUUAUCAGAAAUAGAUAAAUCAUUUGUUAAUAAUAUGUUAGAGAAUGGAGGUAACACACCAGAAAUAAGAAGAAGAAAACAAUUAUAUGAAGAUAUUAUGAAAACAAUUGCAUAAAUUGGUCAUAAUAAAAUAGGAACAGAAAGUUUUAUGCCUUUAGAAUCAAUAUUACAUUAUUAAGAAUAAUCAUAUGAAGUUGAUAUUUGGGCAGUAGGAGUGAUAUUUCUAUAAUUUCUAACUAGGAAAUAUAAUUUAUUUAGUAAUGUAAGAAUGGUACAUAAACCAGCAGUUCCUAAGAAUCUAUUUUAUGUUAAUUUUAUAUUAGAAUUAACUUCACUUUUUGGAGCAGAAGCCAUUACUAAAAUAUGUAAUAAAUUUGGUAAUUGAUAUAUCUAUAUUAAUUUACAAUUUAGGAUAUUAUUUGAAUCUACCAUCCGUUGUAGCAAAAACUCCAAUUAAUUGGAGUAAUAUAAUACACAUUGAAGGAUUUGAUGAUAAAGCAGAAGAUUUACUAACUUAAUUAUUAGAACUAGAUCCUCAAAAAAGGAUUAAAGUUGAAGAUGCAUUAAAGCAUCCAUUCUUUGAACAAUGA